AUGGAUGAGGAUCAGCUUCUCGACUAUGAGGAAGAGCAGGAGGAGGUCGAUGCCACCGAAAAGCCGGAGAAUGGCUCCGGUGGGGAUGCCAAGAAGGCCAUGAAGGUAUGUUUCUUGUGGUUUUUGUGUUUGUUUUUAGGUGUUAUCGGGGAUUUUUUUUUGUCAAGUGGAAGCUCAGCUGAAAAUGGUUGUAGGCUUAGAUUAAAGUGGAAUUCUUGGACGAAUUUACUCUCAUUAGUUGGGGAUGGUCUUUAGGUAACUGCACAAGAAAGUUGGCGGGAUUCUGUCCGAUAGUUUUUGAGAAAUUUCCAAAUCCCCGAGGAACUAGUGUAAUAUACGAAUUUCUUCAAAAACUUGCUUAUUUCGCCUCAAUUUCAGGGACAUUAUGCGUCCAUUCACAGUUCCGGCUUCCGCGAUCUCAUGCUCAGACCCGAAUUGCUCCGAGCCAUCAUCGAUUGCGGUUUCGAACAUCCGUCCGAAGUCCAGCACGAAUGCAUUCCUCAAGCCAUCUUGGGUAUGGAUGUGAUUUGUCAGGCCAAGUCAGGUAUGGGAAAAACCGCUGUCUUUGUUUUGGCCACGCUGCAACAGAUACAGCCGGUUGAUGGCGAGGUCUCGGUGUUGGUCAUGUGCCACACAAGAGAACUGGCGUUCCAGAUCAACAAGGAAUAUGAGAGGUUCGCCAAAUACAUGCCUAAUAUUAAGGUGAGUUCUUUGAAAUGUUUUCGUUGGUUUUUAGGACGUCUGGAGGAAGAUUUGAUCCAAGUUUCAUGGUUUACCAACAUAUUAUACUAGACCAACGUAACGACUGAAUUUUCAGACAGCCGUCUUCUUUGGUGGUAUGCCCAUCAAGAAGGACGAGGAGAAGUUGAAGACUAACACUCCUCACAUUGUGGUCGGAACCCCAGGUCGUUUGUUGGCUCUGUCCCAGUCGAAGGCGCUGGAUCUGAGUCAUGUUAAAUACUUUAUCCUAGACGAGUGCGACAAGAUGAUUGGCGACGAGGACAUGCGUCGUGAUGUUCAACUGAUCUUCCGUCAGACUCCCACCGAAAAGCAGGUAAUGAUGUUCUCGGCCACAUUGCCCAAGGAUCUGAGAGUGGUCUGCAAGAAGUUUAUGCAAUCGGUAAGGGUUUAUAUUGAUCUUGACUGGCUGGAGAAUCUCCAGAAACGCAAAAUAGAUGAAUAGUUACACGAUUUAUGACCUUAUUUUAGCCUAUGGAAGUGUUUGUUGAUGAUGAUGCCAAGCUGACCCUCCAUGGACUCCAGCAGUAUUAUGUGAAGCUGAAGGAGAACGAGAAGAACAGAAAGUUGUUGGAGCUUUUGGAUGCGCUUGAGUUUAAUCAGGUAAGAUUUUUAAUUAUUUUUUUGUGUUUUAGUGGAAGUAGCAAUGUUAUACUAGAGGUUUUUGGUUCCCCACAGCGUAAGUCAGCAGUUUGACUCCUCGCCCCUUCUAGGGAUGAUAUAUGGUUGAAUUGUGUUACCGAUGUGGUAGAGCAACGUUAGAGUUGUUGGGUGGGGUCAUCGGGAUCUUCAGUUUUUGGAGAUCUCACCGACUUCCAUCCGCAUCUCGUCCGGUCUUGUUUUUUUUUGGGACGUUGAAGCUGAGAGUUUGCCCGGUAUUUUUUCGAUGCACCGUGCAUUAGUGAUGCUUUGGACAUAUUUUAUAAAACAUUUCGUAUUGUUUUAUAUUUUUUGCCGUUUUUUCUCUAAAUUUAUAUGGUUUUAGGUUGUGAUCUUCAUGAAGAGCGUCCAACGUUGCCAAGCCCUGAACCAACUCCUCACCGAACAGAACUUCCCCUCCAUCGCCAUCCACCGUCAAAUGUCGCAGGAAGAGCGCCUCUCCAGAUAUCAGCAGUUCAAGGACUUCCAGAAGCGAAUCUUGGUCGCCACCGACUUGUUUGGCCGUGGAAUCGAUAUCGAAAGAGUGAACAUUGUCUUCAACUACGACAUGCCGGACAGCUCGGACACUUAUCUUCAUCGAGUAGGUUGUUUACAAGUUCGGAUGAGAGCGGGAAUCCCGACGUAAAAUGAGGUGGUUUUGAAUGGAAAAUGUAUGAAUGGAUACUGUAAUUCAUUGGCGACAGCGAUGACAUGGUUACAGUAUGCAUGGAAUACUGUAAUUUGGCUAGUGGAAGGCCCUUUUCCCGUCGGUGAGAUGGGGCUGGCUGACUGACUGAAAGACCUCUCUCCGAUCAGGUAUGACAAGUGUAAUAUUGACUGAGUUUUAGUCCGAUUGUCAACGACAAUGUUGGUGAAAUUGAAGAGGACGGAUCGGAGAAGGUCUUUUGCAAGUUUGGACCGAAGCCGGUUGAAGGCGAGGCCAGUAGCGCACAAGUUGUCAAGAUUUACUCAAAUUUAUCCAAGUCCAAGCAAAGAAGAUCCCGUUUACUCUCCCCCAGAAUACUGUAGUUUAUUUUGUAGCAGUCUUAGGAAGUGCUGAUUGGUCUGCAGAGGUCCUUGGAGUAACCUUUUUUUAUAUUAUUCAUUUUUUUUUAGGUCGCUCGUGCUGGUCGCUUCGGAACCAAAGGCCUGGCCAUCACGUUCGUCUCGGACGAAACCGACGCCCAAACCCUGAACGGAGUCCAAGACCGCUUCGACGUCACCAUCCCCGAACUGCCCGACGAAUUGGACAAGGGAACCUACAUCGACGAGACCGGCGCCAACUGA